UAAUUGUUUUCAUACGGUCAACUAAUGCGGUUUGGCCUUCCAAACUAGACCACCCUCGCCCAUCAGCAUUGGUUUAAAACUUUAAACUUUUAAACUUUUUUUAACAAGGCCGAGAAACUUUUAAACGUUCAAACUGUAAUUAUACCCUCGAUGAGGUUUUCCCUCUUAAUUAGAGGCCUUCAUUUCAAGACAGCGUACAAAAAUGAGAUAAGACUUUUGAAAUUCUUCUGCAACUCUUUUUAGGGUUUUUUUUUUGAAGUCCAAAGGAACCUGACGAACCUGAAUCCAUGGAGUUGGGGGAUUUGUACAAGGUAUGGGAGAUCAAGGUUCUGAAGAAGCCUGGAGAAGAGGAUGCCAGAAAGUUUCUUGAGAAGGUCGCCAAACAGGUGCAGCCCAUUAUGCGCAAGCACAAAUGGAGAGUCAAGCUUCUCUCUGAGUUUUGUCCGAAGAAUUUGCUGGGGUUGAAUGUAGGGGGUGGCGUGGAGGUGAGGCUAAGAUUGAGGAAACCCAAUAGAGAAUGGGAGUUCCUUUCAUUUGAGGAGGUUCUUGACACCAUGCUCCAUGAGCUUUGUCACAAUGUACAUGGCCCUCACAAUGCUGAUUUCUAUAAGCUAUGGGAUGGUCUUCGACAGGAAUGUGAUGAACUAAUGGCAAAAGGGAUAACUGGUAGUGGCCAGGGAUUUGAUCUUCCCGGAAAACGGCUUGGUGGGUUUUCUCGUAAUCCCCCUCUUCCUGCUCUUCGACAAACUGCAUUAGCUGCCGCUGAGAAAAGAGCACGCCUCGAAGCCUUAUUGCCAUCUGGGCCUAAGCGUCUUGGUGGUGAUGGCGAUAUUAUGAGUGCACUUAGUCCAAUUCAAGCAGCUGCCAUGGCUGCAGAAAGGAGAUUACAGGAUGAUUUAUGGUGUGGUUCUGUAAAUAGUGUGGAGGCAAAUGAUGAUAAUUCACUAGGCCAGCCCGUUGGGUUCUCAAAGGUUGAUUAUGGCAACAAGAAUGGUGUAUCUCAUGAUUCUCACAGUAAUGGGAAAGUUGGUAUAUCUGGUAGUUCGGAGUUGCCAUCUAGUUCUAGUGGUGAAGGUUUGAGGUCUAAGCCACCCCCCAUUUCUCAAUUGAAAGAUUCAAGGGAGGAGGCGCCUAUAUGGGAAUGUGGUGCAUGUACUCUUUUCAAUCAGCCGUUGGCUCUGUUGUGUGAAGCAUGUGGUUCCCAAAGGCCUAGAGAUACUGGAGUCAAAUACAAGAUAUGGUCGUGUAAAUUUUGUACGCUAGAGAAUGAAGUUCGGUUGGAUAAAUGCUUGGCUUGUGGGCAGUGGAGAUAUUCAUAUGGUCCUCCAGUAUUCACUCCAGCUCCUAAUGUAGGUACAUGAAAAGGCCCAUGUCAAGAAGGAGAACUUUGGAUCAGUUUAUGAGAGAUCCAACACUAUCACUAUUUAAUAUCUAGUGGUUUAGAUUAAGCUGAAAGUGUAUGUACAUAUAUUACAUAGAUACAAAAACUGAUGGUCAUAGAACCACAGGUAGCAUUCUUCUGGUGUUUGUGAACCUCUGAAAGGUUGUUAAUAUGAAGAGAAUACUCUUAUUAGAGGUA